AUGCCAAAGUACCAAGUCCGACGUCAUCGUCCUUCCGACCAGUGUCAGACCCCUUCGUCCUCUUCCCACUUCCUCAUUCUCGAUGUAAUCUUCAGUAACCUCACUUGGGAUAGUCUGUACCCGUGUGUGAUCCUCGAGGCCUUCAACGCCCAGAACCCUCUGAACCGUCCUAAAGAGCCCAAGCAAGCGGGAUCUGCGGCUUUGAUCAGACGGGAGCCUUUCCCGGCGUGGAGCGUGAUUGAUGAGUCUAAGAGGAAAGCCGAUGCCUUUGCUAAAGAGGCGGCUCGAGAAUUCGAUGUCGUCAGUCAAAAGGCUCAAGCCAAAACAGGCAAGAUUGAGCCAUGGACCCCCAAGUACUAUGCAGCUUGCACCGUCGGAGGUCUGCUGGCUUGUUUGUACAAGAGCAACAUGGAGGCGUUCCGCGUGAUUCGCAAUGCAGAAGGCAUAAGAGGCGUGUUCACUGGUUGGAGUCCGACAUUUUUCGGAUACAGCGGGGCAAAGGCUCAAGGAGCAUUCAAAUAUGGCGGUUACGAAUUUUUCAAGAAGUUCUAUUCUGAUCUCGUGGGACCGGAGCGUGCCCAUAAAUGGAAGACCUCCGUGUAUCUGGCUGCCAGUGCGUCGGCGGAAUUCAUCGCUGAUGUCGCCCUAUGCCCAUUCGAAGCUGUCAAGGUGCGCACGCAGACAACUAUUCCUCCUGAGUUCAAGGGGACUUUCUCUGGAAUUUCCCAGGUCAUCGGCAAGGAAGGAGUUGCUGGUCUCUACAAAGGCUUGUAUCCACUCUGGGGUCGGCAAAUCCCAUACACCAUGAUGAAGUUCGCGUCUUUUGAAACCAUUGUGGAAGCCAUCUACAAGAAACUGCCCCGGAAGAAGGAAGAGUACGGCAAGGGCUCGCAGACUGCAGUCGCCUUUACUGGUGGUUACUUGGCCGGUAUCCUUUGCGCCGUCGUGUCUCAUCCCGCUGAUGUUAUGGUGAGUAAGCUGAAUGCUAACCGACUGCCUGGCGAGGCAUUUGGUGCCGCAAUUGGCCGUAUCUACAAGGACAUUGGCUUCAUGGGUCUUUGGAACGGUCUCCCUGUCAGAAUCGUUAUGAUCGGAACUCUUACUGGAUUGCAAUGGAUGAUCUACGACUCGUUCAAGAUCUUCAUGGGUCUUCCAACCACCGGCGGUGGCCCUCCUGCCGGGAAGAAGGAAACAAAGGCCGCAGGCUUUUAG